GCCGCUUUGACAGGCGCGUGUGGCUCAGAGCGAGCAGGAGGGCAGUGAGUGGGGUUUAUCUCUCUGUCCUGGUUUGUUUCUGUUUCUUUCCUACGGACCAUUUCUGGAGGAACCGCUUCAACGCAAAGGCUGGAAGAUGGAGAUAGAGAGGGAAAUGAAGAAGGUGACUCUGGGUCACGAGUUUGGUGCUGGAGCAGCUUGUUUAAAAUGCAAGGAUAAAUGCGAGGGAUUUGAGCUGCACUUCUGGAGGAAGAUUUGUCGGAACUGUAAGUGUGGCCUUCCUGAGCAUGAUGUGUCGAUGAAUUCAGAGGAAAACAAGAAGGUUGGCAAGCUGUUUGAAGACACCAAGUACACGGGCCUCAUAGCCAAACUAAAGACUGAUGGCAUCCCCAGGUACCAGGGCAACAUGGUCACCAUCACUCUGCCAAGCCCUACCACCGCUCACACUGUGCCCCCUACUGCUUCCUCUACCAUCGUACCUCCUGCCACUCUGGCGGGAGCCGCACAGCCUGGUGUCACGCCUGCAGGAACCGCACCUACUGGCUCUCCAUCACCAGCUCAGUGGAAGCCACAAGUACAGCCCAAACAUGUUGUCGUCAGUCCAGUUAAGGCUACCAAAGUACCGGCCACUGCUAAUGCUACAGCAGCCAGCGUGGUUCCAGUUCCUCAGCAGGCCCCAAUGAAAUCAGUCACCUAUGAGUGGGCCCCUCCUGUGUCCAACAAGUAUCUGGCUGUGCGUUACAUCGAGCUGCUCCCACCUGAGAAGCGUCCGGUCGCCGGGACAGAGGGGGCUGCUUACCGCCGGCAGCAGAUGGAUCGUCAGCUGCCUGAACACGACCAGGACCCUUCAAAGUGCCACGAGCUGAGCCCUGCUGAGGUGAAGCAGAUGCAGCAGUAUGUGCGUAAAUGCAAGGAUGAGGCCUUAGGAGUCGGAGACGUCCUGCUGCCGGAGGACAUGGCUCAGAUCCAGGCAGGGGGACCAGGCGCCGGCGGUAAACUCGGAGGGUCUGCAUCUGGGCCUGGUGCUGGUGUUGGAGUGGCUGGAAUCUUACCAGGGGGUCAAGUUGGUGGAGCUAAUUCUGGCCCAGUUCUUGCGGGUUCUGGUGUUGGUGGAUUUGGACCUGCUGGAAGGGGAGCUGGACCAGGACCCACCUCAGGUUCUGGAACUGAUCAGUCUGCUGGUCUCAGACCAGCAGGAGGAGCCAUGGGUACUGCUACUGCUGGGUCAGUCGGACUUCCACAGAAGAACUUUUCAUGCCAUCACUGUAAGAAGCCUAUGCUGUUGGGAGAGCCGGCCGUUUAUGCUGAGCGGGCCGGCUACGACAAACUAUGGCACCCAGCAUGCUUUGUGUGCUGCACCUGUAGUGAACUACUGGUGGAUAUGAUUUACUUCUGGAAGAAGGGCAAGAUGUUCUGUGGACGGCACUAUGGAGAGAGCGAGAAGCCUCGAUGCUCUGGCUGUGAUGAGCUGAUCUUUAGUAACGAGUACACUCAAGCUGAGGGGCAGAACUGGCAUCUGAAACAUUUCUGCUGCUUUGACUGUGACUGCAUCCUGGCUGGAGAGACGUAUGUGAUGGAGAAGGACAAGCCCAUCUGUAAACCCUGCUACAUGAAAAACUAUGCUGCGGAAUGUGCUUCUUGCCAGAAGGCGGUGGAGCCUGAGGCUCAGAGAGUUUCCUACGGCGAGCACCACUGGCACGCAGUGCCAGAGUGCUUCAAGUGCUCCGGUUGCACCAAGUGCCUGAUUGGUCAGCGCUUCAUGGCGGUGAAGAACUGCCUCUUUUGCUCUGUGGAGUGCAAGAAGAAAGUCAUGGCUUAGGCAGCCAAUCCUGUUUGCCCCCCUCAGCAGAGGGAACAGGCAAUGACUGUGAUGGUUGUAAUCGUUUUAACAUACUAAUGUGCCUUUUCCCUUUAAUAUGGAAAGCUACUGUAACAGUGACUAUAAACUCAGCUUCUUCGGUUUAGAAUGACGGGUAGGGGCAUCUUUUUUUAAAGCCCUGCCCUUAUUAUGAUACAAUAUACAUACCCCUGAAGCGGUAUGCUGUUUGUAUCACGUCAUCUCUUACCUUACCAUUCCACUGCCUCAGAGCAGUAAUAUGGUGGAAAGAA